AUGAGAUUACCGCUUGAAACCACGCCAAGCUUCUCGUCUUUGGGUGGUCCCAGGUACUACAACAUCCAGUCCAUCUGCCUCGUGCGUCUGGUUGAGAUGGCCGUCCGCGUGCCCAGCGCUACAGGUGCUGGCAUCCGCGCUUUCAUCGACAUCUUUGACGAGGCCUCAUGCCGAAUAGUUGUUGAACAUGUUGCCGUUGCCUGCGUUUGUAAUGAGAUUCCUUGGAUUCCUUCUUUUGUUUGUGCCGAUGAUGCACUUCGACACCUCUUCUCCGCAAGCGCAUUUGCUUUGCAGAUUUUUGUUGCAAAGGACGGCCCCCUCAUUGCAACCAUUUUCAUGUUUGGGGCCGUGGUCUGGGUAAUGCCUCUUGGACCCAUUUCAUCCCCAAUUUCAUCCCCUUGGCAGUGCAGAGGCUCUGCCCCUGAGGUUCUAAAGUUUGUGGGGCCGGGAUGCCACACUCCUUGCACGUAA